AUGAUUAUUCUUCCCUCUUCCGAUGCAGAUAAACGAGGUUGGGAUUCUGCUCAUCCGGCUUUCUCCUGUAAAGAAAUUCUGGACUCUGGACACUCCAAAGGUAAACGAGGUUGGGAUUCUGCUCAUCCGGCCUUUUCCUGUAAAGAAAUUCUGGACUCUGGACACUCCAAAGGAGACGGGGAGUAUUGGAUCGACCCAGAGAAGAGUGGAAACCCUUUGAAGGUCUCUUGUGACAUGUCAAGAUCUGGUGGUAAGAAAAUGAAUUGUUUUUUUGUGACACGAGGACCUCAACAGGAGUAUAUCUGACUUGGUAGAGUUGUUAUUGGAACGUUCUGGUCUUAGCUAUUCUUGCUUUCUUUACCAAGAUCCUUAUUAUGUUUUGAAUCAAAACUACAGCAGCAUUCUCGAAAGUGAUUGGUUAUCAUCAGCCGGCCGAUUUGAACACUAAUAGGACAGUGUACGUGUCAUAUUUGUAAAUGAACAGUGUAAUAGGACCGUUAAAGGGACAGUUAACGCGUCAUGCCUGUAUGAGGGGACAGAACGCGUCAUGUGCGCGCGCUGUUGUCUCGCAUUUCGACGAGUAAACUGUUGUUUUUGGUUUUUCCGAAAACUUAUAACCAAUGUCUAGUUUCUUUCCCAAAUUUUGUCAUAGUUUUGAUUAAUUGGUAACAGGCCUUCUUGUUGUCCAAUUCUGUCUGAAAUCAUACUCGUGAUUAACAAAUCGGACUCCCGCUUUGCGGUCGUACGAUUCUGUAAAUCACUCGUAUGAUUACAGACCCAAUUGGACUCCACUCGGUCCUGUUACUAUUUAAUAUGUCCAAAGUUCUAGUUACAUGGAUGUCACCAGAUCAUCUGGGUUUGUUUUAUUUUAGGAGGUUGGCUUCUGGUGUCAAAUGUUGAGUUCGGAAGUCCCUCUCCUAAGGUGUCAAUUAAGACAUCAUACCGUGGAAUAGGUAAGUCACACAUGGUUCUGCAGAAAAGUGCCAUGAAAGAGCUCAGAAGACACUUGUCCUUCACUCAGCUGAGAUUCCACUGCCGCAAGAAACAGGGACGCACAUUCCACGUGGUCACAGCUUCCAACAGCUCAGGCGAAGCUGUGGUCCGGUACUUUAGCGGUCAGACAGAUGAGCAACCGGACGCCUGUGGUUCGUUUGUGAGAUUGAGUUGGAUGACAAUUCCCAGUUAG